GUUGGAGUGUUUCAACGGACCCAAAAUAUUCCACUACCUGUCAGUUCAGAAAUGUUGACAACUUGGCAAGUUGUCGGUUCGCAAUUCCGCUCUUUUAUAUUGAGACAUUCAGUAAUAUGAUGGCUGAGUGAUAAUGACAAGUUCCGGAAACGGAGACCAUCCCUACAACCUUCGUUCCCGAAAACCAAGAAUGGUUCCCUAUUCCCAAUCUGGCCCCAGCUCCUUAGUUUCCAUGGAUACCAAAGAUGUGUUUCCCAGCGAUAUUCAUACUAACUUUACAGUGAAGCCAGAUGGCAGAGAGAAAAUUUUGUAUAAGACUAACAGUGGUAUAAAUGGCAAUACUUUACCAGCAUCUUUAGAAAUUGGAAGUGUUCGAGUUGAUGAGUUUGUAGACAAGGGUGGGGGUGAUUCAGCUAGUGCUAAUGGAUCUGAGAAAUCAGAAAAAGAAGAAUCAUUUAGAGAUGGUGACACAGAAGAAACCAGUUUUAUAAAUGGAAAUGCAGACACUCAGCCUUUGAUAGUAGACGACAGUUUUGAUGAUGACAUUGGCAAAGUUAUUGUUAAGCUUGAGGAUAGCUCAGAGACUUCUCUGCAGAUCAUUCUGCAGGUGUCCUUUCCAUACUUGAUAGCAGGAUUUGGAAUGGUUGCAGCAGGAAUGGUGCUUGACGCAGUUCAGCACUGGCCUGUUUUUGUAGAAGUGUCCGAAAUUUUUGUUCUCGUGCCAGCGUUGCUUGGUCUAAAAGGAAAUUUAGAGAUGACUUUAGCUUCUAGACUUUCAACACAGGCUAAUUUGGGUAACAUGAGUAAAUCCUCUGAGAAGUGGAAGAUGAUUGCUGGAAAUAUGUCUCUCAUUCAGGCGCAGGCUCUGGUGGUUGGUUUCCUGGCAUCACUGUUUGCCAUGGUGAUGGGCUGGAUACCAGACGGCAAGUUCAACAUGCAGCACGCCCUCCUCCUGUGUGCUAGCAGCAUGUGUACAGCAGCCCUAGCCAGCUUUGUACUAGGUUGUGUGAUGGUUGGAGUGGUGCUGUUAUCAAAGAAGGUCAAUAUUAACCCAGACAAUGUUGCCACGCCCAUUGCAGCCAGUCUCGGGGAUAUCACUACACUGUCUCUUCUUGCAGGGAUUGGAUCUUUACUCUUCAAGGCUAUAGGUACUCAACAGUGGUUGUCCCCCCUGUUGAUAGUUAUAUUUAUUCUCCUCAUACCACUAUGGAUCUACUUCUCCCUGCACAACAAGUACACCCACGAUGUUGUGUAUAACGGAUGGAGUCCCGUCUUAAGUGCAAUGGUAAUCAGUAGUAUAGGGGGUGUGAUUCUGGGCUUCACAGUCUCCAAGUACCCGGGUAUAGCUGUGUUCCAGCCUGUGAUAAAUGGUGUGGGGGGUAACCUGGUUGCAGUUCAGGCCAGUCGUAUCUCCACCUCGCUCCACAAGGUCUGUCGCCCUGGUAACAUGCCGGUCAACAUGGUGCAGGGUUGCCCAAACUGCAUGGAGGCAUUUAUUGGCACUUCUGUGACAGCGCGUGCGGCCCGUAUGUUGUUGGCUCUAGUCAUCCCAGGGCACCUGAUCUUCAUGUACACCAUUUCCUUCAUGACUGCAGGACAUACCAGCAUCACACUCAAGUUCUCCCUGCUGUACCUUUCAGCAGCUGUGCUACAGGUUGCCAUACUGUUGUACAUUGCCAACUGGAUGGUUCACUACAUCUGGCGUGUGGGGGACGACCCUGACAACGUGGCCAUACCGUACCUGACUGCCCUUGGGGACCUCCUGGGUACUGGGUUCCUCGCCCUUGCCUUCCAGAUACUCUUCAUGCUUGGAGACAGAGACAGUGACCUGGGCGACUGAGGUUUAAGAGUCGGAUCUAAGGAUUGUUACUGGUUGUUUUGCUUUGGGAAUCUCUAGUUAUU